AAGAAUGAGCUCAGUAAAGAGAAAUCCUACAGUAGAAAUAUGCCUUCAUUAUCAUUGAUUGGGUCAGAAGAAAGCAGUGAAGAAACCGGAUUUCGGGAUCCCUAUGGUUUUUGUUCAAAUUCUGGAAGGAGAGAUAUUGGCCCAUACAAGCAUUUAGUUUCAAUUGGUGAUGAUUCGAUCAAUCUAAACCGAACUUCGAAUUCUUUAUUUCUGUUGCACAGAUUGAAACUCCUCCUUGCAAGAUUUGCCUCCCUGAACUUGCAGAACCUUAACCAUCAAGAGCAGCUUGCAUGUUGGAUCAAUAUCUACAAUUCCUGCAUGAUGAAUACAUUCUUAGAACAAGGAGUACCAGAGAGUCCAGAGAUGGUUGUGCAAAUGAUGAGAAAGGUAAGGAUGCAUGUCACUCAAGUCUUAACCAAUAACCCUUUGAUCUUCAUUGUUGUGUACCAAGAAAAGUUGAAGAAGCAAAUUUAUGUACCUUAUCUUCCAGUCCCUGAAAGAGAAUGAUGGGGCAAGAAAACUUAUCGACAAAUUGAUUGGUGAUCGAUCAAAGUAAGCCUUCUCAUCUCCUGAAAUGGUCAGGGAUAUAUGAUAAGCAACUGGAUGGAUAAAAUUUAAAAUCAAACGACAUCGGCGGCGAUGGGGGAUUUUCAGGAGCUGUAAUUUUGUUGUCUUGUGAAGAAGCCAUUGUUUUGAAAAUCUGGUGUUGACUCUUCUUUUUAGUAGCAACGUUAAGAUGAUUCUUUUACUGAAAUGGCGAGAAAUGAGAGCAGAGGAGAGUGGGGAAGUAGAGAAGCGAGUGAGGGUGGAAAUAGCCAUCGGCCUGUUUGACUCAAAUGGAUCACAAG